UUAAUCCCAUGUAAGAAACACAAAAUUAUCCAAAAAAAAACAUCACAGCCAUCCUCCCAAACAUGAAAAGAGAGAGGGACAAUGAAGAUGAGGGGCCUCAAAUUGGGCAAAAUAGCCCCUUUAGAAUCAGCCUAGAAAGUGCAUGUCCCAACACAACCAACAUCAACGAUCACAACUCCACCCUCUCCGCUACCCAUUCUACCAAUGCCAAUGCCGGCGGCAUCAGGGCCACCGCCACUACCAACAACAAUAUUAGUAAUAAAGAACAAGAUCGGUUUCUCCCCAUAGCCAAUGUGGGUCGGAUCAUGAAAAAGGUUAUUCCUGGGAAUGGCAAAAUCUCCAAGGAUGCGAAAGAGACCGUUCAAGAAUGUGUGUCGGAGUUCAUCAGCUUUGUGACGGGAGAAGCCUCCGAGAAAUGCCAACGUGAGAAGAGGAAGACCAUCAACGGAGAUGAUAUUCUUUGGGCCAUUAUGACUCUUGGCUUUGAAGAUUAUGUAAAUCCACUUAAACUUUAUCUUACCAAGUACAGAGAGAUAGAAGGAGAGAAGCUUAAUGUUCCAAAACAACAGCGUCCGGAACAACAUGAGCAGAAGCAGCCAGACAUGCCAUAUAAUAGUGUAUAUUCUUCGACAAAUAUGAUGUCUCAGCCGUCUUUCGUGUCGGGUGAUCCGCCAUUUCCAUUGCCUUUCACUCAAACUUCAAUCCCCAAAAUUUUGCCUCAGCAAAACCAAUUCGAUUGGAAUUGGUAAAACAAGGAACGAACAAUUCUUUUUGUUAAUGUUUUGAUCAUGUAAUAUAGAUAGCCCGGAAACAAUGCAAGUUUCAUAACAUGUUAGUAUAGAUGGGAAUAUAUACAACAUUAAUUAAUUCACACCAUGUGUGGUGUUUGUUACGCACAA